GUGAUGAGAAACCGUUGGUUGAUAAAGUGAAAAUGAGUUCAAAGGUGAGAAUUUUGUCUCGAAAGGCAAUUGAGUGAGAAUUUUGACUUUGAAAGGGAAUUUCUGUCAGUGCCAAGCGCGCCAAAAGCAUUAGGCAGCAUUAGACAGACAGAAGCACCCUGUAUCUCAGUGUUAUGAUUCGCGCAACUGACAGCUCAACAAGCCGCCGUUUUUUGGUUGUUUGUACAAACCACAGAAGGACACAAAAUGACGCUACCCUUAGAAGCUAGGGAAAUUCUGAAUCAUUUAAACCACUUGGGGUACCGGAACAUAACAGCUGAGCAAUUGAAAGAAUUUCAGAAAGAUCUCCGAAAGCUCAUCAAGUUCGACUCCCAGCUGUACGGGGAUUCACGUUGCAAGGACACGGACGAUGGGCCCACACCGGACAACGUUUUCGAACGAUUACACUCUGGGAAAACAAUCAGCUACAAAGCGAAAGUUGCACGUAAGAUGAAAAAGAUGGAAACUGCCGACUCGUCGGACAAGGAAAACCAAACGGAAGAACCCAAGCCCGUACCGUGUAAGGAUAGUGACAAAUCAUGCAAGAUGUGGAUAAGACCGAAGAGCAGUCAAUCGUUUCGCAGGAGUGAUCCGGUCGCCUUGUAUCACGCGUAUCAAAGAGACUGGAACAAAUUUAAGCUUCCAGGAGAGAAUGAUCAUGCGGAAUUGCGCUGGAAAAUCCGAACCAAACUUCUCGGCGAGUAACGGUGGUGAAAGAAUGAGUGGCUCGUACAGUUUUUUACACUUUAAUAA